AUGUCUACUUAUUACGAGGUGAGUUUACAAUUUCAGUCAUUCAAAAACGUACCUAAUACUCUCUAUAGAUUUAAUAUAGGGAUAGGGCUAUACAUCGUUUUCUAUAGAAUCAAUUAGACUAUGUUUCUGAAAUUAUAUCGUCAAUAAUUGGCCGCUAUUUUAAAUUAUGGACGUUUCUCAAAUAAGGCAGAUGUAGCCAUAUAGUAGCCCUAUAAUAGGCAUACAUUAUUCCAUGAUAACUGCCUUCGUUUUAUAUGUUCACAAACAGCCAAUUAUUAGAUUUAAUAGACGUAUUAUAAACAAUUAUAAACUUACACUUUCUCCCCCUUUUUUUGCAGACCAUAAUUUUUUACAACGACAACAGCUCGGAAGAAUCAGGGGAUUAUGACUUGGGCUAUGAGGAACCGUGCAACAGAGUCGGUGGUGAUGAUUUUCAAAGGAUCUUCUUACCGACGGUUUAUGGAAUAAUAUUCCUGUUAGGAAUCGUCGGGAAUGGACUGGUAGUGAUAGUGAUGGGCUACCAGAAAAAGGUCAAAACGAUGACCGAUAAAUACAGGCUGCAUCUCUCCGUGGCUGACCUCCUAUUUGUCCUCACUCUACCUUUCUGGGCGGUGGAUGCGGCCAGCAGUUGGUACUUUGGAGGUUUCCUCUGUACCACUGUGCAUGUGAUCUACACCAUCAACCUGUAUAGCAGCGUCCUUAUUCUGGCCUUUAUCAGUGUGGACAGGUACCUGGCAGUGGUGCAUGCCACCAAUAGUCAAACCACCAGGAAGUUGCUUGCAGACAGAGUGAUCUAUGUGGCUGUAUGGCUACCUGCUGCUGUUCUCACUGUGCCUGACAUAGUGUUUGCCACAGCUCAGGAUGGAGGCUCCAGAACCACCUGUCAACGCAUCUACCCCGAGGAGACUAGCUUCUACUGGAUGGCGGCGUUCCGUUUCCAGCACAUUCUGGUAGGCUUUGUCCUUCCCGGGUUGGUCAUCCUCACCUGCUACUGCAUCAUCAUUGCCAAGCUGUCCCAGGGGUCCAAGGGUCAGGUGUUGAAGAGAAAGGCUCUCAAGACCACUGUCAUCCUCGUCCUGUGCUUCUUCAGCUGCUGGCUGCCAUACUGCGUGGGGAUCUUCGUGGACACCCUGAUGUUGCUCAAUGUGAUCUCACAUAGCUGUGCCCUGGAGCAGAGUCUGCAGACUUGGAUUUCAAUCACAGAGGCUCUGGCAUACUUUCACUGCUGUCUCAACCCUAUCCUUUAUGCUUUCCUGGGAGUUAAGUUUAAGAAAUCUGCCCUGAAUGCACUGACUGUCAGCAGUAGAUCAAGUCAUAAGAUACUGACAAAAAAGAGAGGACACAUUUCAUCUGUGUCAACUGAAUCUGAGUCUUCAAGUGUCAUGUCCAGUUAA